CCUUCCUGUCAAUACAACAACGACGCUCCCAAGAUUCGAAGGCAUCCAGGCAUUUUGGGAUCUAGACCACUAAGGCCAGACUCGGCGACCAACGAGGAAAUUUUGAAUGACCUUCGCAGCUUCGCCAAGUUAACUCAUGUCCUUCUUGGCUCUGUCCUGAAAAUAGUUGAUCUUCCACGCCUUCUUACAUUACAUCAGGCUGUAUGAUCAAUUUAAGCCUCCAGCUGGAUGGCUGGGUUUCAUGAUAUCGUCGAUACACCAUGCCACCGAUGGCGUUCAGAGUCUGUUACACUGUCAUCCAGGUCUCGGCUAUAUUACUUACUAUCCUGCGGCUCGGGUAUCGUGCCCGGACACAAAUGUUCUGGGUGGAGGAUAUGUGGGCUGCCGCAGCGCUCGUGUGUGGGGUGGCCUCGUUAAUUGCUGGAUGGACCUACGAUUAUACUGCUGGCCAGUGGUCAAUCAUAUCGUUCUGGGUGUACUCGUUUGCAUUUCCAUCAGCUAUCUGGGCAGUCCGUCAAAGUAUUCUCUUUUCCGUGGCACGGAUUUUCUGGUCGAUGAGGUUAUUGCGCCUCACGGCCAUCAUAAUAUCCGUCGUUUUCCUGGUGUUGUAUGGCGCGCUAGUAACGCAGAAGGCUUGGCAAUAUGGCCAUGAUCUCAAUUGGUACCAUCACCCCGACAAGCAUGGCAAAGUACAUGCGUAUUUGAGCCACCCCAUGGUUAUUUUUGAGUUAAUGACGGACUUCGUUUCUGAUGCAAUCCUUGUAUUGCUUUCCUUGCAUCUUCUGUGGGGAGUCAAGCUUCUAGCGAAGGAACGCAGAAUGAUACUGGCAACAUUUUCGGCUAGUAUCAUUGUGACGAUUGUCUCGGUUUUCCGCUCUAUCUGCCAAAUUAUGCAAUUAAGGAGUAUCUUGAGGAUUGCGACUGAUUCAGAGCUCGCGGUUUCGCUCAUCAUAUGCAACCUCUUGGUGGCAACAACGUAUAUCUACAGGAUCAUAGCUCGUCGUAGCCGCAGUGUCUCCGAGUCCGAGUCAAAAUCUGAAUCGGAGAUAGAGCUUUCCGAAGUCGCCGCACCAGCCUUACAGUCACCCGUAACACUUGACGGCACAGGACUUUUGACUACUAUCGACCUAACGAAUUACAGUUGGGACAGUCAGCCUGUCACUGAAGCAGAGGCAUAGGGCUAUUGACAGUUAGGGCAGAAAUACAGAUAUCAAUGUCGAAACAAUGUAAUGAUACAUACCGUGGUGUCUAGUACACGUUCUUAGCGAGGGUCCGUGCUUUUCAGGGAGAUUGAUUUGCAUAAUG